CAGACCCACCCCUAAAGGCUAAAAGCUCAGCUCCACUACAAACAACUGUAACCAGGAGGAGUAAGAAAAGAAACCUUCAUAUUCUCUCUCUAAAAUCUAUACAUCUAACUUUCUCUCUCUAGAAAGAAAAGAAAAGAAAGUAAACAAACAUGCAGAGGCAGUCACUGGGAUCACCAUCUUCAAAGCUCGUAGCGAAAGACGAGCAGCUCAUCAUCACAAAUGAAAUUACCCAGCUGAAUAACAACAAGCAAUUCCCACCAUCAAUCUCCAAUAAUAUUACUGGAUUUAUGUUGUUUUCUCAAGAACAAGAAGAAGAAGAAGAACAGCUGAAGAAGAAGAAGAAGAAGAUGAAGAAAAAGAAUUCUUCAUACAUUCACCUAAUUCCAAUGCUCACUCUCCUCUGCUUUCUCAUUCUUUAUCUCUCCUCCCACAACCCUUCUCAAACUGAUUUGGCGCAGUUCAAUGGGUUCAAGGCAUUUUCCAACACUGCAGCAGAUUUGGAAGACAGUAUUUCAGAGUUGCAACGAGUAGUGGAUAUUAAGAAAGGGGAUAUCUUGGUGGUACGGAGCUUAAAGAAUUUCAAGCCGGCGACGGCGGCGGCGGAAGAAGCCACCGCCAUACACCGGCGGCUCCACCGCAAAAUCGCCCGUAAUUUCUAGGCCGCGUUAUCUGCUCAUUACAUUGUCUCUUUUUUUUCUUGAAAAUUAUAGUGUCGGUGGGGGAGUUUAAUUUGGCAGAUAGUAUAAUGAGAUGGAGUUGAUUUUCUUUGUGAAUUAAUGGAAAUUCUCAACUAUUACCAAAUUGUUGACGUGUGAUUUUUUUGUGUUUAUUCCUUUAUAUAUAUGAAUUAUUUAUUCUU